UGAGAAGCCGAGUCCAAUCCGGUUGCCACCCAACAAGUUACUUACAUAAAUUUGUCGCUCUAGCUAUCUCGGAACUGAGGAAUCGGAGAAAGCCAGAGAAACGCAAAGAAAGUCCCCAAAAAACUAAUAGAAAAGUGGAAAAUGGCGCUAAAGUCGGCAAACACUGAAGAAGAGACCAACACUAACAUGAACACAAACCCCAACCAUGGGUCAGGUGGACCUGGAGAGGAAGAGGAGCCUGAGGAGGGAGAGAUCGUGGGGGGAGAUGGGGAAUCGAAGCAAUCGACGACGGCGGUGGUGCACCAGCCCCACCCGCUAGAGCACUCGUGGACCUUCUGGUUCGACAACCCCUCCGCCGCCAAGUCCAAGCAGGCCGCUUGGGGUAGCUCCAUGAGGCCGAUCUAUACCUUCUCUACCGUUGAAGAGUUCUGGGGCAUUUACAAUAAUGUUCAUCAUCCAAGCAAGUUGACCUUGGGAGCUGACUUCCAUUGUUUCAAACAUAAAAUAGAGCCAAAAUGGGAGGACCCUGUUUGUGCUAAUGGAGGGAAAUGGACAGCAACCUUUACUAAAGGGAAAUCUGACACCUGUUGGUUGUAUACUUUGCUAGCAAUGAUUGGAGAACAAUUUGAUCAUGGAGAUGAAAUAUGUGGAGCAGUUGUAAAUGUCAGACAGAGGCAGGAAAAAAUAGCUUUGUGGACCAAGAAUGCUAAGAAUGAAGCUGCACAGAUGAGCAUCGGGAAACAGUGGAAGGAGUUUCUUGAUUACAAUGAGAACAUUGGUUUUAUAUUCCAUGAGGAAGCAAAGAGGCUAGACAGAAAUGCCAAGAAUCGCUACAAUUUAUGAUCUGUGUGUCGUCUUUGUUCAUCUCUAGUGGAUGCUAAAGCUUUUUUCUUGAUGCAGCCCCAUACUACUCAACCAUACGCCUAGGACUCAAAAGUUUGAGUUGGGUUUGCUUUUUGCUGUUUUACACUUUGCUUAAAAGGGGGGAAAAAAAACAAAGAAAUUAGAAUGAUAAAAUAUUUGAAUGAAAGAAUUAGACUUGCUUGUUGCCUACAAAUAUUUGAAUGGCAAUGGGCAAUGAGUAGAUAUUUA